UUCGCCUAUAUCUUACACUGGAGUAUAUAUGCAACUUUCGUAUUAGUGUUUUCCAUUAGGGUAAAUAUAACAAAACUAUGAGUUUCCAUUGUGUUAAUCAAGUUUGAGUUGCCUACCAUUGGAUGAAAAUCUAAAGGCUUGCGAAAAAUGACUUAAGACUUACCAAGAUGUCCAAAUUUGGAACUGGAUGCAUGAGCUGAUCAAGUGGGAUGCCUGUCCAGCGUGCAGGUGGUGGGCACGCCGUACGCGCACAACCAGAAGUGCAUCCUCGUCGACACGCCGGCGUCCGAGGCCACCCGCCGGAUCACGGCCUUCCUAGGCGGCCUCGACCUCGCGGCCGGACGCUAUGACACGCCGGCCCACCGGCUCUUCGAGGACCUUGACACCGUCUUCCGGGGGGACAUCCACAACCCCACGCUCGGCGACGCCGCCGCGGAGAACGGGCCCCGUCUGCCGUGGCACGACAUGCACUGCCGCCUCGACGGCGCCGCCGCGUACGACGUCCUCAAGAACUUCGAGCAGCGGUGGCGGAGGGCGACAGCCAAGCACUUGAAGGCGUCCAAGCACGGGAAGGACGAUGCUCUGCUCAAGCUCCAGCGCAUCCCCUGGAUCCUCAGCCCGGUCGUGGCCGACGCCGAAGACGACGCCCUGCGCGUCCUGCCGGAGGAUGACCCCCGGUGCUGGCACGCGCAGGUGUUCCGUUCGGUGGACGCCGGGUCGGUGAAGGGGUUCCCGCGCUCCUGGGAGACGGAGGAGAUGGAGGCGCGGAACCUUCUCUGCGACAAGAGCCUGGCCGUGGAGCAGAGCAUCCACGCGGCGUACGUGGCGGCGAUCCGCGCCGCCGACCGGUUCGUGUACCUCGAGACCGAGCGCUUCGUGGGGUCGUCGUACGCGUGGCCGACGUCGUUCCGGCACCCGGGCGCCGGCAACCUGGUGCCGAUGGAGAUCGCGCUGAAGGCGGCGAGCAAGAUAAGGGCCAGGGAAGACUUCGCGGCGUACGUGGUGCUGCCGAUGUGGCCGGCGGCGGAGGGGCCGCCUGGGUCGGCGCCGGCUCAGGAGUCCCUCUUCUGGCAGGCGCAGACGAUGCAGGCGAUGUACGAGGUGGUCGCGAAGGCGAUCGCGGAGGCCGGGGCCGGCGUCAGAGCGCACCCGCAGGACUAUCUCAACUUCUACUGCCUCGGCAACCGCGAACAGGCACCGGCAACGCCCCCGCAUCUGGAGACGGGGACGAGCCCGGCGGCGCUAGCGCGGAGGCACGGGCGGUUCAUGGUGUACGUGCACUCGAAGGGAAUGGUCGUGGACGACGAGUACGUGCUCCUCGGCUCCGCCAAUGUUAACCAGCGCUCCCUCUCUGGUUCCCGCGACACCGAGAUAGCCGUCGGCGCGCACCAGCCGCACCACACUGGUCGGCGGCCGCGCGGGCAGGUGCACCGGUACAGGAUGUCGCUCUGGGAGGAGCACCUGGGCUGGCUGUGGGAUGUGCUGGAGGCGCCGGAGUCGCCGGAGUGCGUGAGGCUGGUGAACCAGGUGGCCCGGGAGAACUGGGAGAGGUACACGGACGAGGGGGAGGUGGCAGAGGAGAUGCAGGGGCACCUGAUGAAGUAUCCGGUGGAGGUGGACGGCUACGGCGGUGUGUGGCCGCUGACGGGGCACGAGUUCUUCCCCGACGUCGGCGGCAGGGUCCUCGGCUCCACCAACAAGUUUCCCGAUCAUCUCACCAUGUAGCCUUCCUACUGACCCUUUGAGCUCUGACACUAUGUUUACACAAAUUAAGGAAAAUGGGAUUUGUAGCAAUUUAUUGUGUAAAUGAGGUGUAAAAAAAGAAAGGCAAAUCAGCAUUGAAUAGUGCUGCACAAGAAACCCGCCAUUCGUUGCUGGAUUUGUUUUUAUCAUAGCUCGUAAAUCGUUUUGUUUUUGUACUUGGA